GGGUGCAGGGCAGGGCCUGACACAGUGGUUCUCUUUACUUACUCAUACUGCAGCUGCGGUUUCCCUAGCAGUUUUCUUUCUUGUGCGUUACUUUUAUUUUUGUUUCUCUCUCCUCCCCCCUGCCCCUCUCUGUUUUUCCUUCCCACGGCUCUGAGCGAAGGUGCUGGGUGCAGCGCUCUGCUCCAGCACGCAUUCUGCUCCAGCACGCGUCCUGCAGGAGCUGCCCCUGCCACCCACUGUCCCGUGGCGCAUUUGCAUCUGUCACACGGUUUGGUGAUGGCUGUUUACACCACCAAGCUUUAAUGUUCAACUUGAUUUAGUGAUCAACAAGGUUUGUGGACAGGCUUGUUAAGUAUUAAGUGACAAUAGCAAGUGCCUGGGGUGUGUUUUUAGGAGCAGCGGCGUGCCAGCUUGCCGGGAGCGGAGCAUGGGAGCUGACGUGUGGGGAGAUGCCUGGAACGAAGCUCCCGUGGCCCUGGGGUUUUGGUGAAAUGCCGGUCUGAGAGAGCGACUCGGGGAUUGACAAGACGAUGCUUGCCAGCCUGAAGAUCAAGAAGCAGGAGCUGCUGAACAGCUCGGAUGUGACUGUCCCAGAGCGACCGCUGUCCCCCCCGCUCACUGCCCCGCCGACCAUGAAGUCUGCAGAAUUCUUUGAAAUGCUGGAAAAAAUGCAGGCACCAAAACUUGAAGAACAGAGGACUGGAAGCCAAAAACACAAGGAAGACUACAUCCCGUACCCCAGCAUCGAUGAGAUCCUAGAGAAGGGCAGCCCCUACCCACUGAUCAUCCUGCCCCAGUUCGGGGGAUACUGGAUCGAAGACCCGGAAAACCUUGGCACCCCCACGUCAUCCGACAGCAGCAUCUGCGAGGAGGAAGAGGAGAACCUCAGCCCCAGCACCUAUGGCUACAAGCUAGAGUGCAAAGGAGAGGCCAGAGCCUACAGGAAGCAUUUUCUGGGGAAGGAUCAUUUAAAUUUUUAUUGUACAGCCAGCAGCCUUGGAAAUCUAAUCCUUUCUAUUAAGUGUGAGGAGGCAGAUGGCACUGAAUAUUUAAGGAUUAUACUCAGGUCCAAAGUGAAGACGUUGCAUGAAAGGAUCCCCCUGGCAGGAUUUAGCAAGCUCCCUAGUAUCCCCCAGAUUGCAAAGGCCUUCUGCGAUGAUGCCUCCGGGCUGAAGUUUAACCCGGUUCUAUACCCCAAGGCGUCCCAGAUGAUAGUGUCUUAUGAUGAACAUGAGGUCAACAACACGUUCAAGUUCGGCGUGAUCUAUCAGAAGUUCAGGCAGACCCAAGAGGAGGAGUUAUUUGGCAACAAUGAAGAGAGCGCUGCCUUCAAGAACUUCUUAAGUUUUCUGGGAGACACCAUAAUGCUCCAGGACUUCAAAGGUUUUCGAGGAGGUCUGGAUGUCAGCCACGGACAGACAGGAGCAGAGUCUGUGUACACGGUGUUCAGGGACAGGGAGAUAAUGUUUCAUGUCUCUACAAAGCUGCCUUUUACCGAAGGAGACACGCAACAACUCCAGAGAAAGAGGCACAUUGGCAAUGACAUUGUGGCAAUUAUCUUCCAAGAAGAGAACACGCCGUUUGUCCCAGACAUGAUCGCCUCCAACUUCUUGCAUGCCUACAUUGUCGUGCAGGUGGAAAACCCUGAGGCAGAUAACACGGCGUACAAGGUAUCGGUCACGGCCCGGGAAGACGUCCCCUCCUUUGGCCCACCCCUGCCAAGCCCACCAGUAUUCCAGAAGAGCCCUGAGUUCCGGGAGUUCCUGCUGACCAAACUCAUCAAUGCGGAGAACGCCUGCUGCAAGUCCGACAAGUUUGCUAAGCUGGAGGACCGCACACGGGCUGCCUUGUUGGACAACCUUCACGAUGAGCUCCACGGGCACACGCAGACCAUGCUGGGGCUGGGGCCUGAGGAGGACAAGCUGGAGAAUGGGGGUCAUGGGGGCUUUCUGGAGUCUUUCAAGAGAGCUAUCCGUGUGCGCAGCCACUCCAUGGAGACGAUGGUGGGCAGCCAGAAGAAGCACCAUGGCAGCGGCAUCCCAGGCAGCCUCAGUGGGGGCAUUGCACACAACAGUGGCGAGGUGACCAAGACCACCUUCUCGCCCCCCAUAACAGCAGCUGCUGCUAAGAACCAGUCCAGGAGCCCCAUCAAGCGCCGUUCAGGGCUGUUCCCUCGCCUGCACACGGGGUCCGAGAGCCAGGCGGAGAGCAGGACAAGGUGCGACAGUGUUUCCGGAGCCCAGAAGACACCAGAUUUGGGACAUUCUUCCCAAGAGAUGAAAUCGGAAACUUCGUCCAACCCCAGCUCCCCUGAAAUAUGCCCCAGCAAAGACAGGCCCUUUAUCAAGCUGAAAGAGAAUGGGAGGUCGAACAUCUCCCGUUCCUCCUCGAGCACCAGCAGCUUCAGCAGCACGGCGGGGGAGAGCGAGACCCUGGAGGAGUACGACAGCGUGGGAAGCCAGCCAUCUACAGCAUCGCCAUUCAAGCAGGACGUGUUUGUCUACAGCGCUUCGCCUGGCAGCGAGAGCCCGAGCAUGGGGGCCGCGGCCACCCCCGUGAUCAUGAGCAGGAGCCCCACAGCAGAUAUAAAGAACAGAAACUCUCCAAGGUCAAACCUGAAGUUUCGCUUUGACAAGCUCAGCCACGGCAGCUCCAGUACGAGCCACUAGCAGGAAGAAGUGAUGAACUUGUAAAAGAGAUUUUUUGUUUCAACAAAGGGAAAACUCUUCAACAUCCUGUGGGAAAACACAGGUCCUGGCCACGGGCAGAGAGAUGCCCUCACCCCCUGGCUGCACCUCUGUGCCGGGAAGGAGCUCCCACCUUGUCACCAUCUCUGCCCCGACAGGGACCCAGCCACCUUCCCACCGGCUGACCCCCUUGCCUGCAAGCGCCCUGUGCCCCCAACCUCACACCACGGGAGGAGACGUGUCUCUGGCCACACAGCACACGCGUGUGGCCGGGGCCCCCCGUCCCCUCCCUGGUGCUGGGCAGCAUCACCACAUGGACACCCACGUGGGCUGCGGCUGGUGGGUACUGGGCAGGCAUCGUCCAUCCCUGUCCCGACUCCUCUCGGGCAGGGGGGAAGCAGGACGGACCCCUGUGCAGUUCAGGUCCCUCUGUGCUUUAUUUGCAGUUGUCAGUGGUGAAACGGGGGUUUAUAUAUUUUUUUUUUCCAAGGGUAGAUGGUCCGGGCAAAAUCACAUUUGCUUGGAUGAGGGGCAGUUCCCCUGCCCCAUCAUUUGCUGUCACUCUCCUCUGGAGACAACAGGGUGGACUUUGCCCCCUUGGCUCUUCCCAGUGUGACGUGGGCUGCAGCAGCUCAUCCCCCUGCUCCCCCCCGGCUCCAGCUUGCUACCCAAAAACUUUUAGGGCAGAUGCAGCCUCUUACUCUGUACUUACUCAGUUUCUGGCACAAGAGGAGAGCGUGCAAACUGGUCCCGGGGCAGCAGAGCUGGUCACCAAGGGCAACCCAUCCUCUCUUGGCAACUUGGGACAUGGUUUCAAGAGCCUCCCUGUUUUUCCCUGCCUGAAACUCUGAGUGCAGGCCUGGAAAAGAUUAACCAAAGCUAAAGCUGUAGUGUAUCUAAAUACCAGAACUGGUACUCAGAGUGAAUUGACCCGGUAGGCUCUGCUUUACCCUACGGCUUGGAUCACCAGGCAAGCAAAUGCAUAAAACUCCAGGAUUUGGAUGGCAUCAGGCUGCUCCGCCCCUUGCAGAAUCCAUCCUGCAGCUUUUGAACAGGCUUUUGUUUAUUUUGAAAGAUGAUGAUUAUGAAUUCUGCAAGGUGACUUCCCCAUAAGACCCUUUUCCAAAAAAUACCUCUCUCAACAUGCCAAGAAACCCUUUUGCUCUUUUAUGGGACUUUGUCCAAAGUUUAUUGAAGUCUGUCCAUGAAUUUCACAUUGCUCAUAGAUUUCCCUUACCAGCUCUUUGAAAGAUGCACUGCGAUGCUGCAGAGCUGCUCCCUCCCCAUUAGCACAGUGUGCGACCUUUGCAAACCCCCCCAUGAAAUAAGGUUCUUCAUUUCAAGAAUUCCUGAUGAUUCCUAAUGGAAACAGAACUUUGAGUGCCAAAGUUAACUUCACACAGCUGGAGCUCCGAGGGGCACAAACGUACCCGGUGGGCAGUGUGAGGAGGUGCAUGCAGGUUUGCACACCCAGAAGCAGCCCCAGGCAGCCGCCGCGGCUGCUCCCUGGAGGAGGCACCUCUCUCUCUGGGGGCAAGUCUUGUAGAAGCAAACCAUGGCCUCCCCUCCUCCCCGCCACCUCCCCCUGGACCAGAGCAAAGCCAAGCCAAGCCGAACCGGCUCUGCUGACUGAGGCUUUGUGUCCACUGUCUGACAGCCGUACUAUUCGGUGCACAUAGGUGCUCCCACUUGUGCAUGUGUUUUAUCCAUUUGUAAAGAAAAGGCUGUGGCCCUGAUGGGAGAGGAGCCAGGUUAAAGGCGGAGAACAGUUUCACAAGCAGCAAGUGCGCUGUGUAGGACUAGGAAAUACCAGUAACCACCAGUGGGGACACUCCCUCCUGCUUUCAGUGAGUUGCAUUUCAAUAGAGUUUAAAUCUUGAGGUUUUCUUUGAAAGAGGGAAAGCACAGUGUGCUUAGCCCAGUGUCCUUAGCUAGCUCUAGAUGUCUCAGGUUCCACACACCUUGCUGUUCAGCACUUCUAUCUGAUGACGCUUCAGUAGCACUUUCAAACCCACCCCCAGUUCUUCCUCUUAGAAGCUUUUGGUCUGGUUUAUCUUAUGCUGCGCAGUGAAAUACUGACUGGUGCAAUGACUUGCUUUGAGGGUCUGUUCUUGGUUUUGCUUUUUUCCCCUGAGAAGUUGCUUGAUUCUGUAGACGUCAUCAUUCGCAUGGGUGUUGAUCUCCGUGAGAUCUUUCAGCAGAAGAUGCAAUGGCUGCUGUCAGCUGGGUUUUUGAUUUUUUGGUUUGGUUUGUUGUUUGGUUUUUUUUUUACUUGAAACUGUGACUUUCCUUUUUGACUUAGAUUGAUUUAUAGAAUUAUUCAAAUGGGAUUAACAGGCAGGCAGAACAGUGUGAAGCUUCAGGAAGAGAGAUGCAGUGUGCUGGAUUUGUCUUUCCCCAUGCCAGCACGCUGGAACAGCAGUGGGGCUGGGAGCCGAGGUCUGGCACAAGGUUUGCCACCAGCUUCUGUGUGAUCUGGGACAUUUUCAACAGGACUCUGCACAACCGGUUGUAAAAAUCUACUGCAACAUCCAUAAUAGCAACGGGGCUUUUAAAGCUCCUGCCCUGGCCGGGUGGUAGUGUGGUUUCUGCCUGCCUGCACCGCCUUGCUGCUGUGCACAUGUGCCGCGCUCCUUUCAACCUCUGCAUUGUCCCGUGGCGGUGCUGGGGACUGACCUGCCGUUGUGUUAAACCUUGGAGGCGUUUGCACUUCAAGCAGUGGGUGAAGGUGUUCCUCUCUAUAUAUAUUGCAAAAUGUUUUGUGCUUGUGACACACACACAUGCACAUAUGUAUGUAUAGAAAAGGGAUUUUUUAUAUAUAUAUAUAACUAUAUAUAUAUAUAUAUAAAUAAAGAAUCCUUAACUGACACUAAAAAUAUUGGACAGUGCACUUUCCUUUCUGAUCCCCACUGUUUCCAUGCAUGUAACUUCGACCAGACUCGGAAGCGACUUUGCAUGCGGAGCAGAAGGGGCUCAGAAAGGCGGCUGGGGGAGGACGGGGGAGCCCCUGGCUGCAUGGGGAGGUCUCUUCUGUGGCAGGGGUCACUGCUCUUCUCACCAGGGUUUCGGUGCCCUGCUUGCUCCCACUGUGCCCUGGCUGCCACUGGGCUUGGGCCAGUUCUGAGCGUGGUGGGGGGCAGAGGCUGGUCAGGCCCAGGUCCACCUCCCCAGUGCCGGUGCUGCAGGCUCCGAAUCCCCACAGCAGAGCAGGAGGGUGCCCUGCUCCCCGAUGCCUGCAUCUCCUGUAUUAGCCCUGCCGCUGGUUUGCAGCUGCGAGAGCUGGCAGGGAGCUGCUGCCCCGGCUGGGCUUGUGUUCAGGAAAGUACUUGGCAUUUACUUGCAUCCUCUUGAAGUCCCACAGAGUCAAGCACAGGAUUAACACUUAAGCACAACAUGAAAGUGCUUUUUUUCUGAGCGCAAAGGGGGGAUCCUAAGCACAAAUUCGGUUUCUUUCCAGAGUUUUGAGGGUCUUCAGGAAUGGCAGGUGAAGGGGCCAGGAUAUGUUGCUGGCAUGAAUGGGCUUGUAAACCAGGGCAGAAGUUUCUUGGCUGCCUUUGGCUUGGCUGUGGGAGGUGCUCAGCGCUGAUAGCCGCUCUCAAAACCAGUGGCUGGUCAGAGCUCAGCACCUCUGCAGAUCGCACCUUGCACUCACAUUGCUUUGCUGAUGUUCCAACUUCUGUUCCACUAGAGCUGGCAAAGAGUCUGUCAUCCCCCAGUCCUAGAGCAUGCUUUCAUUAUGUUUUAAUGAAUGUAGCACUGUGUAUAUUCUGCAAAGGGAAACGCUGAAUUUAUAUCAUUAGAAUGUGAAGAGAGUUUAUAGAGUGAAAAUAAAUCUUGAAGAAAUGUAUCUGACAAAGUUUAUUUUUUAUGUAGAGAGGCGGUGCUUUGUAGUUCCUGGUGGCCUAUGUCUGUUGUAAAUAAUGUACAUUUAAUUUAUUGCUAUGGUAGCAGAUGUAUUUGUUAUGUAUAAAACUAAAGGUUCACAAAUGUAUAUUUUGUUGCUUAAAUGUGUCUUUGCAAAAUUCACAAUAAAUAACAUAUUUUGUGUC